AUGGAUGAGAAGGAACUAGACCAAAUGCGGAAGAUAAUUAAGGAGUUAACGAAAGAACUAAAAGCAAAGGCCAUGGCAAGAAAUGUAGAGUCAUACCUCAAGACCAAAAUCAAGAAUGUGGAGGAGCAAAUAGACCAGGGUCGGAAGGAAAAUAAGAUGAUGGAGAUGUCUGACCUCAUUUUCCAACUGAUGAAUGGUGAACGUCGCAUUGCUGACCUUUCUCAAACCGAGAUGAAUGAUUUAAUACCAUGCAUAGAUGAGAGUAUGGAAUGUGUGCAAAGACGGAUAGAUACGCUAGAGCAACAUCCUGAUGACACGAAGAAGACAUAUGAAGGAGGGAGCAGCAAAUCUGGUGGUGCAGACGAUGAUGCCUAAUGAAAGUAGCUGUCGAAUAAGAAAAUUAUAGUGUCUUGAAAUAAAGCCUGUUGUUGCUGUGUCUUUGCAUGCUCAGUGUCUUGAAACAAAGUCUGUUGUUGUUGUGUCUUUGCAUGCUCAUUUCAUAUUUCUUGUUGUUAUUU